CCAAUGACUAGCCUCUGGGGGCGUUCCGCACCUGCGCAGAUAACAAUCCACAGCAUCCUGGCGCAUCCACCCCCAUUAACAGACACCCCAAUCCCAGCCAGGCUCUGGUCGAGUCCUGCGACGCCGCCACCACGCCAGUUAUCACGGAUACUCGAGAACGGCUGCACGAUGACAACGGAAUGCGCGCUGAUCAGCGACAAGUGAAAGCCAUCGGAGUGUUGAAUAAUUGAACAUUAUUGAUGUGCAGAAACAAGGCGAAACGCAAUCCUAUUAGUGAACAUUUCUACCCAGGCCAGCGGAACCCGCCAUCAAGUUCAAGAGUGUGUCCGGUCCGGCCGUGUGUGAGUGUGUCGAGUCAAGCGUGUGAUCUAUAGUUUCCACUAAAUGGAUACCGCCAAAUUGAGCGACUACAGCCAGGAGGCCAAGACGCACUUGGAGCAGCUCCAGCAGACGCUCACGCACUUGGAUCAUCACUCCCAUUCGCAUUCGCAUCCGCAUCCGCACCAUCAUCCCCAUCAUCAUCACCAUCAUCUGGGGCUCUACCAUGGGGCGCCGAAUACAUCCACUUUAACCACAGACUCGGUGGUUUCCUGUGUCAGUUCGACGUUGCCGGCCGUGGCCAAGGCCAUAUCUUCAUCGUCAUCGUCCUCCAGUUGCGGCCACCUGGAGACGGAGCGCAAGAAAUGUCACAGCAAUGACCUGGAUGCCGGCCACACUCUGAUGGAGGCCAUCUGCAUUGGACAGAAGUCGACGGCAACACCGCCGGGCCUAGCCGGAAGCCUGUCGCCGCCGGCAUCGAUUGCAACGUCCGCCCUGAUGAAUGCCACCGCGGCCGCCAGCAGCUCCAACGGAGGCGGCGCCUCGCUGUGCAAUGAUCUCACACGCGAAUCGGCCUGGUAUGCGCAUCACCAUCAUCACCACCACCACCACCAUCACCAGCAGUUGGCCGACGAGCUGGUCAUGUAUGCAACGCCCACGCCCACGCCGGCUAUUGGCAAAUUCGGGCUGGACACAUCCACCGAGGGUUACUUGAACGCAAGGUACAAUGUGAAUGUCAAAGGCGUGCGCCAUGAAAGAACAUCAACUUUCUUCGAUAUACCCGCUGUGACGCACCCACACACCCAUGCGCACCCGCACCCACACCCGCACCCACACCCGCUUCCGCACUCGCAUCCGCAUCCAUAUUGCUACAGAUUUCCAUCAUCGCCACCCGCGGGCAUUCUGAAAAAGAGCGACGAAGAAACGUCCAGCGCUGCCGCCGCCGCCGCUGCUGCUGCUGUCUAUUGCAACGAUGUAUCCUCUGGGCAGCACUUCCAGGCCAACACGAAAAUCGAGCACGCGGACUCCACCACGACAGCGGCACAGCAGCAGCAGCAGCAGCAACAACAGCAACAACAGCAGCAGCAGCAGCAGCAACAGCAUCAGCAUCACCAACAGCAACUGCAGCAUGCGGCACUGCACCCGCACCAUCAUCAUCAUCAUGGACACCACCAGCAGGCGGAGCAGCAGGCCCUGACCCACCUGACUCCACUGCAUGCAGCAUCCGCCUUCAAGUUCAGCCACACGGCUGUCAUCUCCAGCUCGGCUGUCUACGGCACGCCCGCGCACUAUGUGCACCAGCAGCAGACGCAGUCCCAGUCGCAUGCCACCGUCUAUCGAGAUCUCUCCCCCACCUCGGCGGCGGCGGUGAGUGAUUCAGAACUGAAGUACGAUAGCGGUCCGUACAAUGCCACCAUAUCCUCCACCUAUCCCGGGGCUCUGCGGCCCAGCGUGGUGGAUUCGACCACGUCCAGCGACGCGGAGCUGCGUCUGGACCAGUUCUAUGCCAGCAAUGGCAUCUCCACCAGCAGCAACGGACAGCCCAUAAGUCAGCGUCGCGGCUCGCUGCAACUGUGGCAGUUCCUGGUGGCCCUUCUGGAUGAGCCCAACACCAGUGCCAGCUGCAUUGCCUGGACCGGCCGGGGCAUGGAGUUCAAGCUGAUCGAGCCCGAGGAGGUGGCCCGACGGUGGGGCCUCCAGAAGAACCGCCCGGCCAUGAACUACGACAAGCUGUCCCGCAGUCUCCGCUACUACUACGAGAAGGGCAUCAUGCAGAAGGUGAACGGGGAGCGCUAUGUCUACCGCUUCGUCUGCGAUCCGGAUGCACUGUUCAACAUGGCCUAUGGCCACCUCACCGCCGGAACCGGCAAGGGCGAUCAGCACCAGCUGACUCUGUCGCUGGCCAAGACGCCGCCAGCUCCCACCGAUGCCCAAGCGCAGUCUCCCCGCGUGCCAAAGUCGGACUAUUAUGACACGGCCGGCUUGCAUAAGUAUUAGUGCAUGCACGUGGACUGUGGGCGGAGCGUGGGAUUGUUGCCGGAUGGGCGUGGUUGUUGGGUCUCUUGUACAUUGUGUAAUUUAGUUGCGUGGGUGCGGAGUGCGGGGUGAAUGUCGAAUGAAGGUUUCGCUGUGAUGACACAAAUAACGGAAAAGAGUGCUAGACAACAACAACAAGUGCGUGAGUGUUGGGGAACGUCGAAAAACGUGAUGUUCGAUGUGUAACGGCACAAAUGCAAUACUCUCUCUCGGAUUUAUUGUUUUUGUUCAUCAAAGCGAGGCCUACGCGAGGCAUACGCCCACGCAAUACGAUAUUUAUAUACCACAAUACAUAA